GUGCUUGUGUGGUUAGCGACGUUCGCGAGGAAAAGGGAUACACAACAACAUACACCCACGCAAGCGCAGCCGAAAGCCGUAUUUGGACGACACCAGCCGCGACAGCGAGCGUCGUGAUCGAUUAGUGUGUCGGUGUAAAAGUUUUUAGCAUCAAGGAGACGGGAAGGAAAUGGAUUCUACGCUCCACGAACUGCGUAAGGACCCGACGGCGGUGGCGGCGCAGCGGAACGGAAAUGGGAAACAAGCCGUACCGACGACGGCGACCGGAUGGUAUGAAAAUGGUUCGAAACACGACAGUCAAGUGCAGCGGCCACGCAGACUGUCCUUUAAUGGAUCCGACAUGGAACUGUCCCAGCUGAAGGGAGCAAAGAUCGAUGGCAUCAGCAGCAGCACAUCAACUGCAACGGUCGUCGAUACAAAGCAUAUGCUGGUUCUGCUUGCCCUUGCUACGACAAUUGCUGUUUCCGUCCGCUACCUGCUUCCUACGGUGGAUGCAACGACGAUGCGCACGUUUGCGUCACAAUGUUUGGCCGCACUCGGAAGCUUCUGGCAAGAUCUGAUGGAACGGUUCAGUCGCCUCCGACCUGCUAUGACCACCUGGACUAUGGAGAGUGUUGUGCCGCGAGCCGAACAGACGGCGCACGUACUGUAUGCCCUGGCAUUCGGAUUGCUGGUGUCCGCGUUCACUUGGUACGUUAUCUAUCUGGACAGCAGUAUUCCCGGCGUUAAUCCUCCGACACCGUUUUCUGCUUCCAAAAAUCGUUAUCGGGGUGGCUCGAGGACAGCCGAACGUCGAUUCCAUCUCGGCUACAUAACCGCAAUGGUAAGCGGUUUGGUAGUGUUUCUGAUUGUGCUGCUAGGAGAGUAAACGCCGCAACCCGCCAUAAAGUGCCUUAAAGAUUGCGUUAUCCACGUGAAGCGACCCGGAUCAGCGAUGGUACGCUAUCGAACAGGGUAGUGAAAUGAGUUCCAUGCAUCGAGCCAAUAUUUAUUUCAUAUUUUGUAUGUUAUUACAAACUAACGCCAAUACAUUCAUAUUACACGUUACGUUCAAGUAAUGGAAGUAGCAAGGCAGCAAAGAGGUGAUGGUAGAGGUCACAAAGUUAACCAUUUCGAUGAGCUUCGGCAACGUAAACGCUUCUUUUCUUCUCGUAAAAGUACGCGCUAGUUCCCGGCCCAGUUCUUCGCUUUAAUUUGCUCGUGUGUAAAUAAUCCUUUGCUCUAUGGUGGUGGAGUGAGACACUUAAGUAGAAUUAGAAUCCAUACAACCGCCUAACCUAAACAUGGCUUUAGUACAAAUCGAGAAAUCGUCGUGUUAUCUACACGGGCCCACGGUAGGCCAGCCUCUUAUUCUCCUUAUUGAAAAUAUAGAAAA